AUGGUAUCGAAUAACACAACGCAGUCAGACAGGUUUUUGUUCAAAAAUGGAUAUGAUAUUCCCGUCUACGGGCUGGUCAAAGGAACGUUUUACUAUAUACACAUACCAGCAAUCGUUUGCAUUGCCGCGAGUCUCGUCUGCGCAUUGGCCACUAUCAUUCUAUCUUUUAAGAACCGCAGGGCUGGGGAAUUUUUCCCUAAAUGGUCAAAAGGUCAGAGGCUUGUAGUCUACAUUUCAACAUGCGAUGGACUAUUCAGUUUCACUCACUUGUUGGACCAUCUACAGAUUCUGUUCACUAUGGAUCACGUGAGGCCAAAAGUGCUAUGUGCCUUUUACGGAUUUAUCAUGACAGUCUUUGUUGUCGCACAGAUUCUCAUCGCGAAUGUCGUGGCGAUCAACGUCUUCGUCAUGAUGUUCUUGAAUAAGAAUAUUUCGUUUGGCAAGUUUGACUGCGGUUUGCUGAUCUGGGCGUUUGUGGUCCCCUUCCUAGGGGCGACGGUUGCAGCCGCGUACGACCAGUUUGGGCCAAUGGGAAUUGCAUGCUUUUACGACGCAGUUAAUGGCCACGUGGCAAAUAUGGUCUUCACAACUAUCCCAAUGCCAGUGAUUUUGGUUGUCAACAUCGUGCUCUACAUACUUACAUUCAUUAAGAUUCGCAGCUAUGGAAAAGUUAUUGUGCCAAAUGCAAUCACUAUAGGGCGCCAUGUUAAAGCUGCAACGAGGAUGUCUAUGUUUGUCUUGGCAUUUGUAGUUCAGUGGUGGUGUUUCGGCCUGUAUUGGGUUGCUCCCUCAAAGUAA